ACUCUCACACGCAGAUCAAAUUCCCCUCGUUACACCUCUUAUCUUUCCUUUAUUGCUUCUCCCAAAACCUCGACAACUGAAAAUAAACUCUUAACCACUUGAGCUAUCUAAACGUGCUCUUGAACACAACAUUCUAACUCAUCCUAAACCUGUAUUAUAGUAACACGAAGAAGAAGAGGAGGACGACGACGAGUAAGAAGAAAUGAAGUUUGGAAAAGAACUCAAGUCACAAAUGGUGCCGGAAUGGCAAGAUGCAUACAUGGACUACGGAUUUCUCAAGACUCUUUUGAAAGAUAUUCAGCAUUUUCGACACAAAACCAUGCCUCCGCCAGCUCAUCCACCGGGACUGCCCCGGGCUCUCACUCACUACAGAGCUUUCAGCGGCCUCACGUCCUUAAAAAGAAGCAUUUCCAUGCGUAGUGCCAGCGGUAGGCAGCACCACCACGAAGACCUCGAGAGCCAGGCCAUUUUAGUGAACAAUGUCAAGAAAACAAACGGAGAAGUUGGCUAUCAGACCACGUUUCUUAGGGCCUCGGAGGAUGGAGGAGAGUAUGAGCUUGUUUACUUCAAGAGACUCGACGAUGAAUUUAAUAAAGUGAACAUGUUCUAUAGGGCCAAAGUUGAUGAAGUGAUGAAGGAGGCUGAUGAGUUGAAUAGACAAAUGAAUGCUCUCAUCGCCUUUCGGAUUAAAGUUGAGAAUCCGAAGCACGCCUGGUUUGAUACCUCGGAGAAUAUGGAUCAUCUGGUUUCGGCUGUUGAAUCUUCAAACAAAGAAUUAUCAGCCUCAAUUUCUUCGUUUGGGAGGAGGCACAGCAAACGAGUUGCAGAGCACAUGGAUCAAAUAGACGAGGAUAAAUCAGUUAAAAUGACUAGAUCAAAAUCAUCUACAUCAAGUGAUCGUUAUUCCAAAGAAGCAAAACAAUUAAUAAACCAAGUUGUUCCGGAAGUGACUAUAACUGGGAGACCAGCUUCACUUGAUAUCCUAAACCGUGUGACAAUUAACAGACCGGCUGAUACGCCUCUCCCAACUAUCAAAGGCGUCCUAAACGUCCCUGUACAGACGGAUAUGAAAUUUAGUUCAGAAAAUCUGAGUAAAAUUGAGGAGCAACUGAAAAGGGCUUUUACAGAGUUCUACCACAAGCUUAGACUUCUCAAAAGCUACAGCUUCCUGAAUAUUUUAGCAUUCUCCAAGAUCAUGAAAAAAUACGACAAGAUCACUUCCAGGAAUGCGUCCAAGUCCUACCUAAAAACGGUUGAUAACUCCUAUAUAGGCAGCUCGGAUGAGGUAAUUACGAAGCUCCUGGACCGAGUUGAAGCUACGUUUAUUAAGCAUUUUGCUAAUGCAAAUCGCAAGAAAGGGCUUGGCACACUCAAACCAAAAGCCAAGAGAGAAAAACAUAGAGUGUCUGCUUCUUUAGGUUUCUUUGCUGGUUGUACAGUAGCUCUUGUCUUCGCAGUCAUUCUGACCAUAAGAACCCGAAACCUUUUUGAGAAGGAAGGUGCUGACCGGUACAUGGAGACCAUGUUUCCGCUGUACAGCCUCUACGGGUUCAUCGUGCUGCACAUGCUGUUCUAUGCUGGGAAUAUAUAUUUCUGGAAGAAGUACAAAAUAAAUUAUCAGUUCAUAUUCGGGUUCAAGGCUGGAACCGAAUUAGGCUAUCGAGAAGUGCUCCUAGUGAGUUUCGCUCUCUCUGUGCUGGCAUUAGCUAGCAUUCAUGGAAAUCUUGAUAUGGAAAUGGACCCUAAGACUAAGGACUACAAACAACUCACUGAGCUCGUUCCUUUAAUUUUGUUAAUUUUAGCAUUCGCGGUACUGAUCUGCCCAUUCAACAUCAUAUAUCGCUCCAGCCGCUACUUCUUUCUUACCUGUGCAGUACACGUUUUCCUUGCUCCCCUGUAUAAGGUUGUGCUUUCAGAUUUUUUCGUAGGUGAUCAACUUACCAGCCAGGUUCAAGCUUUCAGAAGUAUCGAGUUCUACUUCUGUUACUACAGUUCAGGUGAUUUCAAAUAUAGAGAGCAUAAUUGCAACAAAAAUGAUGCCUACAAUACAUUCAGUUACAUUUUGGCCGCGAUUCCAUUUUGGUGGCGCAUGCUUCAGUGUGUGAGGCGAUUCUUCGAAGAAAAAGAUGCAAUUCAAGGAUGGAACUCGCUGAAAUAUUUUUCUAUAGUUGUGUCAUUCGUUACAAGGACAGCGUACAGCAAAAACAACAGCACCGAGUGGUAUAUAAUAGCCUGGGUAACCUCUGUAGUUGCUGGCGUAGUUGCUACAUACUGGGACAUUGUUUUCGACUGGGGGCUUCUCAACCGAAAAUCCACCAACCCUUGGUUGAGAGACAAACUCCUCGUCCCCUACAGAAGUGUGUACUUCGCAGCCAUUGCCUUGAACGUGUUGCUGAGAUUUUCUUGGAUUCAAUUGGUUCUAGACUUGAAAGUUUCAUUUUUACAUAGACAAACUAUGAUAGCAAUUAUAGCAGUUCUGGAAAUUAUUCGACGUGGUGUCUGGAAUUUCUUCAGGCUGGAGAAUGAACAGCUGAACAAUGCAGGCAAGUACCGCGCAUUUAAGUCAGUACCUCUACCAUUCAACUAUGAAGACGACGAAGACGACGACUAGAAUCAGGCUUCUAACAGUGUAAACAACACAGAGUAGAUAGCAAGUAGAUAUAACAAUUUUGUGAAUAUAAUGCAUCAGUAUCUGGCAUUUGUUUAAAAAUGUUGGUGCUGAGGAAAAUUUGCGGCAUAUAUUUCAUGUAGAAAUUAGAAACUUGUUGAUGAUGACUUCGAAUUGUAUGAAAAUGAAAUGAAAUGCAAUUACAGAUUGAUUA